AUGGCAUGGCAAAGGAGCUCAUCGUCGGGCCUACAUACUGGUACUUCCACGGCACGAGUACGGGGCCGAGGCGAGUCCGAUGUCGAAAAGGAAGCCUUUUUCCGAUCACGAAGCAGCGAAGACGACAAUAGCUAUGCGAUCUCUGACGACGACGACGAUGACGAUGAUCAACAAUCUGCCGCAUCCUCACGACGCACCUCUUCCUACAAACCGAUGCCGAUACACACGGCCUAUGCUUCAAAGAGGUCAUCCUCGCCUUCAUAUCUGGGAAGAAUGCCGCGAUCGAUUAUGCGCUGGCUCUGUUUGGGUCUUGCCGCCACAUUACUCAUAUUCAUCUUCUCACUGGUUCGAUUAAGUUGGAACGCAGACAAGGAGGUGAAAGUCGCCAUCGAACAAGCCAAAGUGGCACCCAAGCCUCCACCGUGGGAGAGUUUUCCCUUCCUCCAGAGAUACUACGGUGGACUUCGGUCUUUGGUUCCUGCCAAGUCGAAUGAUCCUGAAUACCCUCGAAAUGACGACGAAAUGCCCACUGACAGCUUCAGCAUAGAUGAAGAGGUUAAGAAAGAAGAGGACGAAAAGAAGCAGAAGGAGCAACAGCAGGAGGAAGAGAGGAGGCAAAAGGAGCAGGAGCAAGAGCAAGAGAAGAAACCUAGCAAACGGAGUAAACGGUCUGUUCAAGCCAGCAACAGAUUCGAUCCCUACCCAAACUACACAUCUACAGAAUACACUGCGAAAUUCGGCGAGAAGGUCGAUUGCUAUCUGGACGCCAAAAACACGGUGUCUAUUCCAAGCGUUCGAGUCUACGAAGGCAUUCCGAGAGGAUUCCCCGACAAUGUCAUGGGGUCUGCCGAACAGCUAGGCCUGAGAACCGACAUUUGCUACGAUCGGUUCGGUCGGUUAGGACCGUAUGGUUUGGGAUACAGCAUCAACCGCGGCGGCAGUGGUGCGCAACAAGAAGGCGAAAGAGAGGGGGCCGACCUGGUCUGGGAAGACAGCCCGGAAGUGGACUGGCGGAAAGUUCAAUGGGCCGACGCUCAACAAAGAUGUGUCGCCGCGAAUCAACAUCGAUUCAAAGAGCUGCCGGAACCUCGAGUGGAAAAGUUCAGGGCAAUGCAAGUCGGAGCCAUCUCAAACAAAGACAACUCCCUUGACUCCAAGGCCACAUCUGUCAAACAAGAUGAAAAGCCAAAAGGCGGCUCAGAGAAGCUACCUAGGACAGCGGUUGUGAUUCGGACUUGGUGGGACUAUCCAUAUACCAUCGAAGAUAAGAUGUACCUUCGAUCUCUCAUCUCGGAGUUGAGCAUGUUGAGUGGGGGAGAGUACGUGGUACACUUUCUCAUCCAAGUCAAGAGCGACGACGCCCCCGUAUGGUCUGACGACGAAACCUACGAGCGAGUUCUCCGAGAUUCAUUACCUGAAGAGUUCCGCGGUAUGGGUACACUUUGGUCGGAACGCCAAAUGCUGCUCAUGUACGGCGGCCUGGAAGAAACUUGGAUGCGAGAUCUGCCUGUUCACGGCGUGUACCGUAGCACGUUCAUGCCCAUGCAAUACUUUGCCUACCAACAUCCCGAAUACGACUUUUUCUGGAACUGGGAGAUGGACAUCCGCAGCACGCACCACUGGUAUCAUUUCUUCGACCGCGUGUCCCAAUGGGCCAAAGCUCAGCCCCGCAAGCUCCUGUGGGAGCGCAACAGCAGAUUCUACAUUCCCUCGGAGCAUGGGACAUGGGAUGACUUUAGUCAUAUGGUACGCAUCCAGACGGAACAAGGCACCAACAGUGCCAGCAAUCUAUGGAGCAGUCUGAAUCGGGCCAAAGAUCAGAGCGGUUCCGUCCCCGUGGCGGGCGGAAUGAGACAGCAGGGCGAUACACCGAUCUGGGGCCCCGAACGUCCCUUGGACGACGACGUGGCGUUUGACGGCGACCCUAUGCCGCCCACAUCAUUCGACAAGGACAAAUAUACAUGGGGGGUGGGCGAAGAGGCAGACCUGAUCGUGUUCAACCCGCUCUUCGACCCGGACGGCACGACGUGGCUUCUGAAGGACGACACCACAGGGUACAACAUCACGCGGGGGCGGCCUCCGCGACGCACGGCCAUCAUCACGGCCAGCCGACUCAGCCGCAGGCUUUUGACAACGAUGCACCGCGAAACCGCGCUCAAGAAGCACACCAUGUUCAGCGAAAUGUGGCCGGCCAGCUGCGCCUUGCACCAUGGCCUGAAAGCCGUCUACGCCCCGCACCCGGAGUACAUUGACCGCAAGUGGCCCACGAACUACCUCCAGGCCGUGUUCAACGGCGGCCGCAACGGCGCCACGGGCGGCGCCCGCACCAGCGUCUUUGGAGAUCGCGAGCACAAUUUCCGCGGCACAACCUGGUACUACAACGCCGGCUUCCCCGAGGUCCUGUGGCACCGCUGGCUCGGCAUGAAAUUCAACAAUGACGGCGGCGAGCAGGACGAGGUGGCAGGCGAAGGCAGAAUGUGCUUGCCCGGCAUGCUUCUCCAUCCCAUCAAGAGGGUCAAUUUGAUCCAGGAGGGGAGGAGGGCCGAUCAAUCUUGA